CUUUCUGGACUCCCCCCACAAGCCCCAGACAGUGAGAAAAGUGAGAGAGAUAGAGACAAGAGGGAGAAUCAAGAGAGGAAGAAGAGCAAAGAAGCUGUUAAACAUGCCAGCACAUGCCACCAACAUGAGACUCAAGUUCCCCGUUCUGGCCUUAACGCUGGAAAUCGUGACCAUUAUCCUGUACGCUCUCCUUGUGGUAUAUGACUCCGGUGAUGAAGAACAUGAGAGCAAUGAAGAAUCCAAUACAACUCAUUCAAGCGACCCAAUGACCCUGUAUCCCAUGUUUCAGGAUGUACACGUAAUGAUCUUCAUCGGCUUUGGCUUCUUGAUGACCUUCCUGAAGAGAUAUGGCUUCAGCAGUGUGGGGAUCAACUUGUUGCUGGCUGCCUUCGGCUUGCAGUGGGGUCUUCUCCUCCAGAACAUCUGGCAUAUGCAUGAAGGAAAAAUAGCAGUCACCAUUGAUAAAAUGAUUAAUGCUGACUUCAGUACAGCAACUGUUCUGAUCUCGUUUGGAGCAGUUCUGGGAAAAACCAGCCCCGUUCAGCUUCUCAUCAUGACCCUUCUGGAGAUCACUGUCUUCUGCAUGAAUGAGCAUUUGCUUGUGGGAGUGCUUGGGGUUUCUGAUGUUGGUGCAUCCAUGACCAUCCAUGCUUUUGGUGCUUACUUUGGAUUAGCAGUCGCUCGUGUUCUCUACCGCCCGGGGCUUCGGAACGGCCACGAGAAUGAAGGCUCAGUCUACCACUCAGACUUGUUUGCAAUGAUCGGCACAGUCUACCUGUGGAUGUUCUGGCCCAGCUUUAAUUCUGCGAUUGCUGAACCUGGUGACGCUCAGCUAAGAGCUGUUAUCAACACCUAUUUCUCUCUGGCUGCUUGCGCUCUCGCUGCCUACGCUACCUCCAGUCUGGUGGAGAAGAAGGGGAAACUUGACAUGGUUCACAUUCAGAACGCCACGCUGGCUGGAGGUGUUGCUGUGGGUACCUGCGCUGACAUGAACAUCCAGCCGUUUGGAGCAAUGUUGAUCGGAAUCACUGCAGGCAUUAUCUCCACCCUUGGAUUUAAAUUCCUAACUCCUAUCCUUGCCUCUAAACUUGGAAUCCAAGACACCUGUGGUGUGCAUAACCUUCACGGCAUGCCAGGCAUCCUAGGAGGCCUCGCUGGCAUUGUGGCAGCAGCACUAGGAAAGAAAGAAAAUGUUACAGCAACCUAUCAGGCAUGUGGCUUGGCAUCAUCUCUGGGGUUCGCUUUGGUGGGAGGGCUGAUCACAGGUCUGGUUCUGAAGAUUCCAUUCUUGGGGCAGCCACCUGAUCAGAACUGCUACGAUGACUCAAUCUUCUGGGAGGUACCUGAGGAAGAGGAGGAACAUGAAGAGCGUUUGACUCACAAAACAGAGGCUUGAAGCUCUGCUCAAAACCAGCUCCCUUCACAAAACAGGAUUCCCGGUCCAAUAAGCAACUCAGGGGCUUUUCAACAUCAGCAUCUCCAUUCACUAAAAUCCUCAACAGCGAACUCAUCAUAAGUACUAGGAGAUGUCACCUAUUUUUUUUUUUCUUACAUUUAUGUUUUACAAGUAGCUAAAUUUGGAAAAACUCAUAUUAUGACACUGAUAAGCAGCAUCUCAUACAUAAUGAAACGUAAGAUGGUUAAAAGUAAUCACCAAAGCAUUGCUAAGCUAACUCAAAGUGUAGGUCAGUUAGUGUCGUCUGCUGAACUGCACACAACUGAAUAGUUGCUCACUGUAAUGUGCCAAAAAUCUGAGCCAAAAAGAAACCUUUUGCUUAAGUAUCCGUUAUUAAAGUAGUUCAUUUUAGUCCGAAUAAGCUUUUUUUGGCAGAAAAGGUAACACUUGUUGACUAUUAACCAAGACUUUUCCCUCAGUAAAUUCUUCAUUUGCUGCUUAUUAGUAGUUAGUAAGGUAGUUAAGAUUAGGUAAUGGGUAGGAUUAGGGAUGUAGAAUAAGAAUUCAUAUGUGCUUAAUUAGCACUAAUACAUAUGUUCUAGUAAUAUGCAUGCUAAUAAGCAACUAAUGGGCGUAACCGUAAAAUAAAAGUGUUACCAGCUUUUUUAUUAUUAUUAUUUAGUACAGACCCAACUUUUAUCAGUAAUAGUGAUUUUGACCAUUGCUAUAUUAAUGUAUUUGUUAAAAGAACACCCAAAAGAGUGAUCCUUCAACUUUCUUGCAACAAUUAUAGUUGCUUAUGUGAUCGGUAACAACCCCUUUAUGCGAUGAUAUAUGACAUAUUUUAAGCUAUCAUAUCCUAAAGAGCUAACAGAUAUAUUGCUGAGUUUGGCAUUUUCACACAAUUGUAAUAUAAACUAUGCAAGUACAGCGACCCCAAAAAGUAUUUAAAACCUACAGAUAAAGUUACAUUUAAAUAUUAAAUAAAAUAUGAAAAAGUAAAUAUUGGCAUGCAUUAAAAAAAGCACACUUUUCCAGUUUGUUAGGAUAAUAUUAGUGCAACAUGUUCAUAGUUUCUACGAUUAUCUUCAGGUGUUGUUACUUGUGACAACUUGAGGUGAAACCUGGACCCUGGGACCAACCGAUCAAAAGCAAUGACAUAAAUGACUAAGAAAUGAAUAAUCUGUUGAUGUCCAAAUGCCUUUCGGGGGCCGCUGUACAUUUUGAAACUUCUACUGUUUAACAGGAUACUUGUAAAACUCGAUAGCCUUUUAUAAAAGUUCAUUUAGCUCACAGUACAAGUAAGCAGACGUGAUCAGAUUGUCACUGCUUGCAGUUCGUAAGACUACUAAAUGCCAUGUUGUUUUUUUAUGAUAAAGAGGAUAUAAUCCUUGCACAGUCCUACCGCAAGCUGACUUACUGAUUCAAUAUACGUGUGUCUCUGUAUGUAUGUGUUCCCGUAUGCCUCACUCCCAAACCUCACUUAAUUGUAUUUGAAAAGUCUGUGAAUGUAUUAAACUUUUACUGUCAUUUAUAAAAAAA